CUUAGCCGCUUUGGCUCCCCCGCCCCUACUCUCUCCCCUCGCGAUCUCGCUUAAUUCCAAUCCUUGCCUCAUCCUAUCGAUCCUGAUCUCUUCCCUCUUCUCCGGUUCGGUCGAUCGGUGCUCCAGCUGUUGUCAGGGGUUCCUCUUGAUUAGGGUUUUGUCACCGUGAGCCGCGAGGAUGACGCAGAGCGGGAAGUUAAUGCCCAACCUCGAUCAGAAGAGCACCAAAGCCUUGAACCUCACCGUCCUCCAGCGGAUCGAUCCCUUCGUGGAGGAGAUCCUCAUGACCGCCACCCACGUCACGUUCUACGAGUUCAACAUCGAGCUCAAUCAAUGGAGCCGGAAGGAUGUCGAGGGAUCGCUCUUCGUUAUCAAGAGGAAUGCACAGCCAAGAUUUCAGUUCAUAGUCAUGAACCGACGGAACACAGCAAGCAGUGUAAUUGAGUUUCUUUGUUGGACCACAUUAAUCUCGUUUUUCUCUACAUUUCUUGUGCAGUGCUUUGAAGUGGAGCAAUGUUACAGCCAGAAGAAAAUUCACAGAGAGAUUCACAGAACUAAACAUUUCUGGUUGUUGUGGGAUAAUCUGGUUGAGGAUCUCUUAGGAGAUUUUGAGUAUGAAGUCCAAGUUCCAUAUCUUUUGUAUCGAAAUGCAGCUCAAGAAGUUAAUGGUAUAUGGUUUUAUAAUUCACAUGACUGUGAAGAUAUAGCAAACCUUUUCAGCAGGAUACUUAAUGCCUAUUCCAAAGUACCUCCCAAGGCUAAGGUAUCUUCUAAAAGUGAGUUUGAGGAACUUGAAGCUGUACCUACUUCAUCAGUAAUUGAAGGUCCUCUUGAGCCAACAACUUCAUCUAAUGCUGCACCAAUUCCUGAUGUUCCUGAUGAUCCAUUUGCAAACUUUUUCAGUAAUGCUGUGAACAUUGGAAAUGCAUCAAAUGCGACAACACUGGCAGUGCAACCAACUGUUGAUGCAGCAACUAUUCCUGUAACUCAUCAUGGACCAUUUGUCAAUCCAUCUGUGGUGCCAACUUUUCAGCCAACCUCUGUUAUUCCAGCUUUGUCCACUCUUCUAGUGGCACCUUCGGAUACCCUUGAAUCUAGCAGUGGAAACAGCAACCGUGCUACAAAUCUUGUGAAGCCAUCGUUUUUCUCUCCAUCUCUCUCUUCUUCGGCAUUGGUAACGCCUCCAGUGUCAUCUUUGACUCUCACUGCUCCUCCAGUCUAUCCCCCAGUUACAAUGCAGCAUCCGUAUGGCACUCCAUUACUUCAACCAUUUCCACCACCUACGCCGUCUGCGUCCCUCACUCCUGCUCCAAUAUUUGGCCCAGUUAUUACUAGAGACAAAGUCCGUGAUGCACUUUUGAGGCUUGUGCAGAAUAAUGAGUUCAUUGAGAUUGUAUACCGGGAGCUGCUAAAUGCACAUUGCCCGUGACAAAAAAAAAAAAAAGGGGGAUGUGGGAUUGUGCAUGGUGCCUAUGGUUACUACUAGUCGUGCCAAGGUAUUGUAAAUCUUUCCGGUGGCUGAUACGGACAUGUAACUUCUGUUUAUAUGACGUCUUUUGGGUUGGUUGUAGAUGGGAGUGCAUUAGAUCUUUCAUACUGUAGGGAAUUCGGCACCUGUUCGUUUAUUGCCUAAAGUUGUGUUAGCAUAACAUUGGACCAUCCAUCAUCAUGAAUGCAUGCAUUGAAGCGUGGCUUUUGGUUUAUGUCAUGUUCCAAAACUUGGCCCUUUUUUGAAUUUUCAGCUUUUGGUAAAUGGGUAUCGAUAUUUUUGUUAA